UUCAAACAUAAAGUCAAUCCAUUCAUCUCACUGCGCCCUCUCGUCCGCCAAAGUGUAUGCAGCUAAGUCAACGAUUUUGAUAUCCCAUACGGACUUCUUCAACCUCUCGUAUCAAUCACCAUGGAACCGUUUCAGUUACACGGGAAGAACGUCAUCGUCACCGGAGCUGGAGGAGCUAUCGGGUCGCAAAUCGCCGUCUUGUUUGCCAAAGCAGGGGCGGCGAAUCUGGUCCUGUCGGACGUUUCGGACGCCGCACUCGGCGACCUCGGCGACACCGUCGACAAGUAUCGGCCGUUCUCGGGCCGUCUGCUUUUCCAUCGGUGCGACGUGUCCAAGGAGGAAGAAGUCAUGGCCCUGGUCCAGCUGCUCGACGACCACGGCGGCGUCGACGUCAUGCUGAACAACGCCGGCGUGUUCCCUUACGACGACGGCGACGCCAUCACCACGACCGGUAGGGCCUGGGAGCUGACGCACAACGUCAACGUCAUGGGCACCUGGCACGGCUGCAAGCACGCCGUGCUCAGCAUGCGGCGCCACGGCAAGACGAGGGGCAGCGUCAUCAACACGGCCUCGGUGGCGGGUCUCGUCGGCUCUGCCACCGCCCAGAUCGCGUACACGGCGAGCAAGGGCGCCAUUAUCGCGAUGACGCGCGAGCUGGCCAUGGUACACGCGAAAGAGGGCUUCCGCUUCAACUCUCUGUGUCCGGCUCCGCUCGGGACGGCGCUGUAUAUGGACUUCCUCGGCUCGAACCCCGCUGCGUGGGCGAGAAGAGAGGUUCACCUGCCCCAGGGUCGCCUGGGCGAGCCGGUCGAGCAAGCUUAUGCUGCUCUGUUCUUGGCCAGCGACGCCAGCUCUUUCGUCAACGCCCAGGAGCUUGUUGUGGACGGCGGCAUGACAAAGGCUUACGUUAUACCGGAAGGAGAACCAUGCAAGCCUGUUCUAGACAAUUUCUAAGCUCUGAGGGGAACAGAACGGACAGUUGUAGAGCCCAAAAUACCAGGGACGAAAUACCAAGAACUGUGAAUAAUGUAUGGUAAUGGGAACCAAGAUUCCGGUUUCGCUGAUUGGCCAAGAUAUUGAGGAUGCUUGUUCAACAGCAGCUGUUUUCCUAGAAACAUGGCAAUAUGUCGAUUAGAAUAUUUAUCAGUAGAGGCGUAUGAGACGCUUAAAGCUCUCGGCAGGACAUCACCAUUUGCAACCUGAGAUCGAUGCAUGAAC